GCAGACAGCAGCGCGUCAAAUUAAAAACUUGUAAAUCUGAUUGGAAAGAAAUAAAAGCUGGAGUUCCGCAAGGUACCAAACUUGGUCCUCUGUUCUUUCUUAUAAUGGUCAAUGAUCUGUCCAGCGAAUUGCCUUUGUAUAAGUAUGUUGACGAUUGUGCAAUCUCUGAAGUCGUUAGAGUAUGUGAACCGGAUCUACCAAAAUUACAGCAAGAACUUGACAACGUGACCCAGUGGUCAAGUGCGAACAACAUGAAGUUGAACGUUAAAAAAACUAAAGAUUUCACCGUGUCAUUUUUGAUCAAUCAACCCUUGGCGCAACCCUUGAUUGUUAAUAACCAAUCCCUGGAAGCUGUUAAUACCACCAAGCUCCUGGGGGGAAAUUUGACCUCCGAUCUUAAGUGGACUACACACAUCAGGCACAUAUCCUCCAAAGCAAGCAAACGCCUGUACGCUUUAAGGAUAUUAAGAAGAAAUGGUGUCCAACCGAGUGAUCUUAGGACAGUAUAUUGUAGUUUUAUCAGACCUGUCUUGGAAUAUGCGUGUCCUGUCUGGCAUACCUCGUUACCAAAGUUCCUGACUGAUGAAUUAGAGCACAUUCAGAGAC